AGGGGCGAGUGAGUGCCACGGUGAGUUGACUCCGGCUCCAGUUGUCGCGCUGGCUGUCACAUCGCUGAUGUGUGUUGUGUGGGACGACAGCAGCGGCUCUUGGGAAAUAUGAUCCGCUCCAGCUCUGCAACAGCCAGCGGCACCGACCGGGACUCAGGGAUGAUCCUCCGGCAGAUGGCAGUGUGAGAAGACACCUCAUGGCUUCCACAGGGAGGGGCCUCCGCAUAGCGGAGGAUGACAACCUCCAAUCCAUGCUAGUGGGGGCCGUGAUGAGGAAAAUCAAGUCGCGUACCUGGAAGAAACAGCGCUACUUCAAACUGGAGGAUGACUGCAUGACCAUCUGGUACAAGUCCAAGAAGGCGGGCAAUGCCCACUCCACAUUCUCAGUGAGUGAUGUGGAAGCGAUACGAGAGGGCCACCAGUCCGAGGUGCUGCUCAGCAUCGCCGACGAGUUCCCAGCGGAGCGAUGCUUCACGAUGGUCUUCCGCGGUCGCAGAGCCAACCUGGACCUGGUGGCGGAGUCAGCGGAGGAGGCCGAGUCCUGGAUCAGGGGCAUGCGGAAACUGAUUGAGAACCUCGAGAACAUGGGGGAGCGAGAGAAACUUGACCAAUGGAUUUGGGACUGGUUCAAGAAAGCAGACAAGAACAAUGACGGCAGGAUGAACUUCAAGGAAGUGCAAAAUUUACUGAAGAUGAUGAACGUCGAUAUGAACGAGCAACAUGCUCACCGUCUGUUCACAAUGGCUGAUAAAUCCCAGUCAGGUACGCUGGAGGAUGACGAGUUUGUGCUGUUCUACAAGAUGCUGACCCAGCGGGAGGAUGUACUGAGGGUUUUCCAGAGGUACUCAGCUGAUGGCCAGAAGCUGUCCCUCAGCGAUUUGGACCACUUCUUGAGAGAGGAGCAGCUGGUGGGGGACAACGUUCAGCAGUAUGCCAUGCAGCUCAUUGAACUCUAUGAGCCCUCCGACAGAGCCAAGCUGCUGAAUGCCAUGACAUUUGACGGCUUCUUGAUGUACCUCGGCUCCGCUGAAGGAUCCAUAUUCAGCCCACAGCGGCGAGGCGUGUACCAGGACAUGAGCCAGCCACUGUGCCAUUACUUCAUCUCCUCCUCCCACAACACCUACUUAAUGGAGGACCAGCUCAGAGGACAGAGCAGUGUGGAAGGGUACAUCAGGGCUCUGAAACGCGGCUGCCGAUGUGUGGAGGUGGACUGCUGGGACGGUGCCAACGGAGAGCCCAUCGUCUAUCACGGACACACUUUCACCUCUAAGAUACUCUUCAAGGACGUGGUCAGCGCAGUGGGCAAAUACGCCUUCAAGGUAUCGGACUAUCCAGUCAUCCUCUCCAUUGAGAACCACUGCAGUGUUGAGCAGCAGAGAGUCAUGGCCCAACACCUCAACCACAUUCUCGGUGACAAGCUGCUGAAAAGCACAUUGGACGGCAAGGCGCCCAUCCGGCUGCCGUCCCCUGAGGAUUUGAAGGGGAAGAUUCUGCUGAAGGCCAAGAAAAUUGGUGGUCUGGAGGAGAGCUUCAGUGGGACGGAGGACUCUCUCACUGGGGAGCCCAGCGACGAAGAUGAGGUUGCUGAAAUUGACGGAGACAACCUCCACCGCGAGAGCGUGCGUCACAGGGUAAAGAAGUCAAAGCAGCGCCUGUCCAAGGAGCUGUCAGACUGUGUCGUUUACUGCAAGAGCGUCCGAUUCAACAGCUUCAAGCACGCCCGCAUCCACUCCAAGGUCUACGAGGUGGCCUCUUUCACAGAGUACAAAGCCCGCAAACACCUCAGAGAGGCCGGCACCGAGUUUGUGCUCCAUAACUCACGGCAGCUGACCAGAGUUUAUCCCAGUGGCUUCCGAACGGAUUCCUCCAAUUUCGGUCCUCAGGAAAUGUGGAAUGCUGGGUGCCAAAUCGUUGCGUUGAAUUUCCAGACUGCCGGGGAAGGGAUGGAUCUGAACGAUGGCCUGUUCAGUCAGAAUGGUCGCUGUGGAUACGUCCUGAAGCCCAGUUUCAUGAGGGAGGUUGAAAAAACCUUUGACCCUGAGAUGCCCCAGAAACUGGACGGCUACAAUCCGGUCAUGCUCAACAUACAGGUGAUCAGUGGCCAGCAGCUGCCCAAAGUCAACAUCAAGGAGGAUUCCAUAGUGGAUCCUCUAGUCAGAGUGGAGAUCCAUGGAGUUCCUACGGACCAAGCCAAGCAGGAGACCAGAUACAUCGACAAUAAUGGGUUCAACCCCGUGUGGUAUGACACCCUGCGCUUCACCAUCCACACUCCUGACCUGGCCAUGGUGCGCUUUGUGGUGGAAGACUAUGACAAGACUUCUAAAAACGACUUUGUGGGGCAGUAUACGCUUCCUCUCACCUGCAUGCAGCAAGGCUAUCGUCAUAUUUACCUUUUAUCCAAAGAUGGGACCAGUAUUCCUCCCUCCUCCUUGUUCGUACACAUCAGGAUCACGGGACUGAAAUAACUUCAGAACUAAACUAAACAGUUUUUAAUAUAAUUCAUAUUUUAUGUGAAGAAAUACAACGCCAAAUGUUUAGGGGUUGUUAUGCAGUGUAUGUAUGUGUGUAUAUUUAUUUAUAUAUAUAUAUAUAUAUAUAUAUAUAUAUAUAUAUAUAUAUAUAUAUAUAUAUAUAUAGGUUUUUUGUUCUCUAUAAUGCAAGUUGUUCCUGUGAUUGACUUGAACUUUGCUGCUCAUGUUUGAUGUACCAUAUCUGUUGCAAAAAGAUUUCCCUGUUUUAGAGAUGAAUGUGCCACCAAUGUGUUUAGAUCUGGAUACAUGUAUAUUUUCUGACAGUAUUUUCUUUUAACAAACAGCACUUCGUGGACAUCGUUUGUUAUUUACCUAUAUUCAAAACUUGCAUGUAGAAAUGUUGACCUUUUCCUCCUAAACAGAUGCGUAAAAAGAUUCAUACUUUAUAAGUUUAUGGGAGGACCAGAAAGACCUAAAGUUCUAAAUUUGAAUCAUGACAAUCAAAUCUUUAUUCAAAAUGUAUAAAUCUGUUUUUAAACGGUUUUGAGAUUUAUUAAUUUAAGGCCCAAAGUUGAGGAUCAAACUGUGGUGCGACACUCAAAGACAUUUCUUUAGGAAACAAGCAAGCGCAUAUUUUAUCAACUCAGCCUCCGACAAUACGAGAGUACUAGAACAAUAGCGUGCGGGGACUUUUACACAUAUGCAAGCAGAACUGCAGAAUGCCAGGGCAUCUAAGAGCUGUGUUAGUGACGAGGGUUUCUGACAGAAGUGAAGUAGACCAGUGAGUCAUUUUAUGUAAUGGGUUAACAAGUAGGAGCAGUGAGCAAAUGGGUGAAUUAUACACUGUAACGUAUCAUCCCGUUGUCAUAACUACAUUUGACUGCACUUAUUGAUUGAUGGUGGACCAUGUAGGAUACCUGAUCAGUUGCCAGUCACCCGUCAGAGAUCCCUGGUCCUGCCCUCAACGGAGCCCGUCUGGUGACAUCGGUGGAAAAAAAAAAGAUGAAAAAUCACGGGGCCAUGAAAUAUUAAAACGUGGGAACAAGAUAAGUCGUGGCCACAAAAUAUUAAAACAUUGGAUGGAAAUCUUUUUGUCCUUGGCCACACUUGGAUAAUUCGUGGGAUUUAAAUACUUUGGGUGUAAUUGGCUGAGCUGCUUGUAAACAUGCAACAAACUUCAUUUAUUUAAUUUUAUUUUCAUCUUGGAAAGAAUUGCAAACACAUUCCCUAGUCCCUGGUAGUUAGCAUGGGGUCAUUCUGAGUAAGACACUUGAUUCGGCUGUGCGGACAAUAUGCUGACCUCAGUGAAGGACUGCAGUCUAGCCGGCCUUCGCUUCGGAAAACACUGUCGAGGUAGGCCCCACGUUAUUUUAGUUGUGUGUGUAUAUACUGGACAUUAUGGUAGCAGCAGUAAGAAGUGAUUUCACAUUAAAAGAAACAUUCCUGAAAAAUAUAGAAAUGCAUCAACGAAUAAAGAUGAAAUACUAAAUAAUACAAUAAAUAGAUUUUCUUUAAUAUUGAUAUCAUAAGCAAUUUUCCUGAUUCCACUUCAGACUGAUAGAUAAUUUUCACAAAAUUACACCUUGGUGGAGAACACUCAGCUCUGAGUUAGCUGUAGUCACAACACAGUGGACCGUCCUGUUGUUUGAUUAUGUCAGUAAAGGCCAAUUCUUCUGAAAACAAGUACCUUUAUUUUAGAUACCCAAUGUACGUUUUGUUGAUGACACUUUCGGCAGAGUAGCAAUUUGAUUGCAGGACCUUUACUAGUAAGGAAUUUCUUUUCAGUGUGAUACUAGUACAUUGGUACUUGGUAAGUUUUUACUUUCCCUCUGUCAGAAGACAGUAAUUGUAUUUUAAUGUUACGGAUUUAAAUAAACCAAUUAGCCGGA